CCCCAGCAUGUUUGAGCAAAACAUCUACACACAGCUGGGAAAAGUGCGUGUAGUUCAGAUCAGCAAACCAAAACGAUCACAAAAAAAAAUAAGGAUGAGGCCAGGUUUUCGGUGGUCGCUUCUGCUUACAUGUCACGCCUGCCUGCUCACCGCUGUAACGACGGAUAAUGUGUGCCCGCGACCUCCUGAGGAGGAAGGCUCAGAGCUGAGUGGAGGACAGCUAUUUUUCGAGCCAGGGGAGGAGGUUACACUCUCAUGCAAACAGGGCUACUCAAGCCAAGGAGGAUCCCGCAAAAUAAUCUGCAAAAAGGAUGGAGAGUGGACCGAGCGCAGCCUGAAGUGCUCAUUAAAGCGGUGUCCGGUUCCUGAAUUACCUCAGGACGGAAAAGCAGACUUCAACCAGAUUGUUUACAGAGGCGUCAUCACGUAUUCCUGCAACGACGGAUAUGUCCUGGUUGGAGCCAAUUCCAGCGAAUGCUUACACACGGGCCAGUGGAGUGAGCCUACCCCACAGUGCAAACCUGUAACUUGUGGUCCUCCACCUCUUCCACCUUACACCAAAAUCGUCUAUGACAGACCAAUCACUGGGGAUAUAGUACAGUUCGGUUUUGGAGGGACGUAUGAGUGUUUGCCUCCCAUGGUUCUCUUUGGGAAUCGCAGAGGCACAUGCACUGCCGAUGGUAGUUGGUCAAAAGCACCAGAGUGCAAGUUGGUAAUGUGUCCUGUGCCCAGAGUAAUAGAAAACGGAUUUCUGUCAUUUACUGAGUUGCGAGAGUACGGGUACGGGGAAAAAGUCAAAUACGGCUGUCACCCCACCUACCACCUUGAAGGACCAGCGCAGGUUGAUUGUAAAGAAACUGGCAAAUGGGCCACACUUCCUGUAUGCAGAGCUCCUUGCACGGUCGAUAUUCAAAGGGGACGUAUUUUGUACAAAGGCAGUAAGAAAUGGAUCGAGAACUUCACACCGAACCAGGUGUUACACCUGGAGGAGGUCGCAGUGUACUGUUUGAACAAACAAGCAAACUGCGGAUAUCCUGUGAGCAUGCAGUGUAACGACGGACACAUGACGACCCCCAGCUGUUACGAGGAACCUGAUGCCGCCACAUACAAGAUGAAGGCUGACUCACUUCCAUCUGAGAUCAAGCAAUGCUAGGGAUCCUGGGGAGCCAGACAAAUGAAACUGGACUGCUCAAAGAAAUUUUUUUUUUUUUCCAAAGUUAAAAUACCUAAAAGAUAACGCUUUUAAUAAAAUAAAGGUUUUGCUUUUAAAUUACUUAAUGUGUUAAUCAUCAUAUUGUUUUUUUUUUUUAUGUUUUUGAUUUAAAGUCUGGUUAAAACCAUUUACAUGAUUAAAAGUAACUGGGCAAAAUCAGUUUCUUUAUUAUGAAGCUUGAAAUUGAAUUUGUUGGAAAACUUUUACAUCUAAGAAGAAUAAAGCAUGCACGCUUCUGGGAAAAUAACCACUUCACUGAGCACGUUGUUACUAAUAGUUCUUUCCACUGUAACAGUGCGUUUAAUUAAUUACAUCAAUGUUCUCACUAUUUCUUUCAGGAAUUUGCUUGCCUUUUUAUUGUAUUUUAAUGAUUGAUGUAUGUACAGCAUUUGUAUUUUUUCCUGCCUGAAUCUCAACAUGCUUCAUAAAAGAACAAACAGGAUCAUUUAAAUAAAAUAACCAUAAAACCACA